AUGCCACAGGCGGCUGUUAUAACUGAAAGUGUUUGUACGCCAUUGUCGCUGUCCUCUCUGCCCAACGAAUCCGUCAACAAUUCGUCGUCGUCAACAAACUCUUCGUCAGAAGUUUCCUUCCAACAUUGCUCAACUUCAUAUCCCAAGAAAGCGCUCGCGAUGAUCGAAGGUGAUCCAAUACCUGCGUCUGUUGUACCGGCUGCCACUCCUUAUGCACCGCACGGUGUGCAAGCGGCUAUUGCCCACCAUAAUCAUCAGUUACAGCUACAGCAACAGCAACACAACAACGGAGCUCAUCAUUCGCACAGCCACCCUCACGUUCAUGCACUUAAUCAAGGUGGAACCCUGAAUUCGAUUCCACAACAACAAGCCUCAACGCCAACAAUCCAGUUUGCUGCCGGUGCAUCACCGCCAGCACAUAUAAUUCUACCGCCUCAGCACCAGCCCUAUCGUAAGCCAGAACCAGCGUUGCGCUCUAUGGCAAGACGUCAGUCGCAUACGCUUCUCUAUGUUCCGGAACAUCGUCGUGUUUCGACAAUAUCCGGUAAUUCGAUAGCGUCUUGUCCGGCUUCGUAUCCGGGGAAGCUGGCGGUCGACGAGAAACUUGGCCAGAAUGUCGAGAGAUCCAGGAUCACUCCACCGCAAAGUGUCCCGUUGGUGCACUCGUCGCCACAAGUCGAUAAUCGUCGGAAAUCAGUGCAAACCGGAGCACCGGCCAUAGCGUUUCGGCCGAUGCGUUUCGAGCGGCGCUCGUCACAGCCUUUACUGCGGCAUGUUGUGGCCGGAGCCAAUAAAGCAGCCGCAGCAAUGGCGAUAGCUGAAGAUUCGGCCGAAAUGGCUGGUGAGGUGAGAUUACGUCAAGCACUCGUGGUCGACGAGCCCAGCGCUGGAGGACCGAAGAGUGGUACGCUUGCGGGAGCAAGAUAUCAGAUGCCGGUAGGCCAGUGUGAUAUGCCUCGUCUGCUGACAAAACGAGUGAGCUGGUUGUCGAUGAAGAGUCUACAGGAUUCUGUGGAACCACUGCUGACAUUUUCUCGCCGAGGCAAAAAGCAAAACAGUAUGGCAUCCGGUGAUAACUUGAACAGUCGUAAUGAUUCAAGAACGAACAGUCAGUACGGAUCCGUGCUGCAGUUGGACGAUAGUAGUUUACUGGAGAGGGAAGAGGAUACACCGCCGUUAGAUACGCUCAGUUGGAGUUUUGGA